GACAUUUUUUAAUGACGUCUACGAGUUCAAACAGUUUGAUUUUAGUCGGACCCGCGAGCACCCUGCGCGGAGGUCGGAAUAAUUUAGAGCGAAGGCGUUUUUAAUCCAAGCAGCGGCCGGCCGUCCUUCGAUGGAGCGCGGGAGAUUUUGGAAAGACUAGGAAAGCGAAACGGAAGUGUUUGCCAAAGAAACCUAUAUUCUAGUUAUCGAUGGAGGUUUUGCCGGGAAGACAAACGCUGUAGAAAUUUCAAAACGGUUGUUCCAAACAUAAACACCGUUUACUCGUUUAACACCGGAAUUUGGGGCUGCCCGGAGCGUUUCUAGUAACAUGGCUACCGAGCGCGGUAUCUUUUUGUAUAUUUAUUUUUAUGCCCUGUUUCCAUCUAGGUAUUUGAAUCUCAAAGGUUUAUUAUAAUGACUAGAUUUAGUUCAUUAAUCGAUACAUACUAAUUUGCAUGCUUCACCGAGCCGAACAAAUAAAUUGCAGUCAUGAAUGCAGGGGCUGCAGUCCGUCCAAUCUGCUUUCUGUAAAAGCCUCUGUCAUCUGGGCAAGGCAUGAUGCACGGUCCUGAAAUCAGUAAUGCAGCACAUGGGACCAGUUGUUGAUCCAGACUUUUAACUCAAAUAUUGGUCAUAGUUUCGUAAUAGAAUUUCCUCCAUUAUCCUGAAGCAGGAUUUCUUUAUCUGGAUGAGGGGUCAAGAAGAGUUGGUAAUUCCUUAUCAAAAACCAUUUUAGCCACUCGUAUCAUGGCAAUCUCAGGGAGGUAUACAUCUAGCAGUAUAAUACACAUUCUUGGAUAUGAUCGACGUUUCAAAAAAUGUGUGCCGCUAAUAGAUUGUUCUAGAGCUGAAUCAAAAGAUACGCAUCUACAAACAAGCGCAUCGAGUUGUUGCCCUCUAAGUGUUACAGUGAGAGCUAACUUGUCUGCAAACUCGAAGGCGUUGAAGUUUUCAGUUGCACCAUAUUCCGGCCUCAGGGGAUGGUGCUGUGCAUCAGACAAUGCCAUGGAUAGUGCACCCACAGACAAAAUGCAGGAAGCAUUUGACGCUGUAACAGUGUUGCUUCAAGAGUUAGGUAUUUCAAAGGCAGAUGCAAUGAUCAUAUCAAGGAAUGCUCCAAGUUACACUCAUGAACUCAUGGAUGUUGUGCAUGAGUUGGAUGAACUUGCUCUUUGGGGUUCAUGGGAAACAGAGAUUGGGGGUGUUGGAGUAGAACACCUGACAUUCAGUGAUAAGAUACUUAAGAUAGCAAGAAGAAAGCGUGGUGCAGGGUUUAUUCCAUACUUGGAGAGCAUAGGGGUUAAUCCAUCAUCAACACUGCACAUUUCUCGAUAUUUAUUGGGAGAGACUUUGCCUGGCUUGAUUGAAAAGGUCAAUUUUUUUAAGGAAUUGUUCGCCUUAGUCAAUUUGCACAAGAGGACUAUUAGUUCGAUGGUCCGACGCAUGAUGAUGCGGUUGUCCAUUUCUGCAGAUGAUGAUCUUCAACAAUGUUUAUCAUUUUUUGAAAAGAUGGAAGCUCGUCUUGGAGGAUUAGCUAUAUUGGAUUCUGGAGGUGAUGUCUUAGCACGGCUUAUAGAAUCAUUUCCAAAAAUACUUCUUCGCGAUGUUAAUGAUCAUAUGAAUCUCUUGAUAGAUUUCUUCAUAUCUAUUGGGGUACCAAAAUGUUAUGCUGGGCUGGUAAUACUUUGCUAUCCUCCAGUCAUUCUAUUUGACAUUGAAGCAGAUAUCCAACCUAGGAUGAGGCUUCUGGAAAAGGCUGGUAUGCAAAGGAAAGAACUUGGGAAGAUGCUUUUGAAGUAUCCGUGGCUAUUGAGUAAAUGCAUUCAAGAUAAUAUCAGUGAUGUUAUAUCAUUUUUCAUUGCAGCGAAGGUGCCAAAAAGGAAUGUUGAUAAAGCCAUUAAAAAAUGUCCUCAACUCUUAGGCUGUUCAAUUGAAACAUUCAAGUUGAUUGUAAACCAGAUGAAUUCUCUUAAUAUUAAGGGAAAGACAGUUGCUCGCGUUGUUUCUUCUAGCCCCCAUUUGUUUUUGAGAAGACCACGUGAAUUCUCAGAGGUUGUAUUCUUUAUGAAAGAGCUGGGCCUGGAUACUGAGAGCCUGGGGAGAAUAUUGAACAGAUGUCCAGAAAUCUAUGCGUCCAAUGUUGAAAAUACUCUUAGAAGGAAGGUAAACUUCCUCAUUGAAACAUAUGGACUUCGUGAUAAUCGUCUGUUGCUAGUUAUGCAGAAAUAUCCUGAGGUUCUAGCACUGAACGUGGAACAAACAGUGAAGUUGCGAUUAGAAUACUUGGAGAGUGUAGGCUUUUCCAAGGAAAAUGUGGCGUUCAUGGUAUCUGGGUUUCCACCAUUAUUAGGUUACAGCAUUGAAGAAGUUCUUAAACCAAAACUAGAAUUCUUGGUCAAUGCCAUGGGUAGAUCAAUAAAGGAAAUAGUAACAUAUCCUAGAUAUUUUAGCUACUCAUUGGAGAAAAAGAUAAAGCCUAGGUUUAGAAUUUUACAUAAUCGCAAAAUUCAGUGUGACCUGAAAACAAUGCUAUCAAAAAGUGAUGAUGUAUUUGCUGAAGAAUUUCUAGGUAUAGGUCGGAUGCUUGUACCUCCUAUGGAUUAUAUAUAAUUGAAAUAAAUAGCAAACUUGAACUCUACUAUUAUGGCUCUGUGAAUACGCAAAGCAAAUGCAAAUUAGCACUUCAUUUUGUCAUGUUUGAAGUUGUAUGUCAUAUUUCCUCUAA